CCUAUAAAUAUGUGCACUAAUGAAGAGCAUUGAAAUCCACAAAAAGAAGAAAAGAAACAAGAAACUACUGAAUUAAAAUCAAUCAGGUAAGAGAUUAAAAGAAAAAUGAAUAGUAGUUGUCUGCAGAGUUGGCCGGAGCCGGUGGUGUGUGUGCAGUCGCUGGCAGAGAGUGGAAUAAGUAAAAUUCCGGGGAGGUACGUGAAGCCGCCGUCCCAGAGGCCAGAUGGGGCGAUGGUGGUGAAGAUGAAGAAUAUUCCGGUGGUGGACAUGGAGAAGGUGGAGAGUGGUGCGGCGGUGAAGGAGAUGGCGGAAGCGUGUAGAGAAUGGGGAUUUUUUCAGAUAAUAAACCAUGGGAUAAGUGGUGAGAUGAUGGAGUGUGUGAAGGAGAGUUGGAAGGAGUUUUUUAAUCAGCCGUUGGAUUUGAAGAAACAAUAUGCAAAUACUCCGGCGACUUAUGAAGGAUAUGGAAGCCGGUUGGGGAUUGAAAAAGAAGCCAUUUUGGAUUGGAGUGAUUACUUUUUCCUCAAUUUUUUGCCUUUGUCUCUCCGAAAUCCAACUAAAUGGCCUGCUUUUCCCCCUUCCUUCAAGAAACUAAUAGAAGAAUAUGGGGAUGAGGUGGUGAAGGUAUGUGUGAAAUUAAUGAAAGGAUUAUCAAUGGGAUUAGGACUUGAAGAAGAGUAUUUAUUAAAUGCAUUUGGAGGAGAAAAAGGAAUAGGUGGUUCCAUGAGAGCAAAUAUGUAUCCAAAAUGCCCACAGCCUGACUUGACCUUGGGGCUUUCCCCUCACUCGGACCCUGGUGGCAUCACCAUUCUCUUGGCCGACCAAAACGUCCCUGGCCUCCAAGUUCUCAAAGGAAAUGAUUGGAUCACUGUUGACCCUAUCCCUAAUGCCUUCCUCGUUAACAUUGGUGAUCAAAUUCAGGUGCUAAGCAAUGGAAUAUAUAAGAGUGUGAAGCAUAGGGUGAUGGUAAAUCCAAAGAAGGAAAGAGUUUCAUUGGCUUUCUUCUACAACCCCAAAAGUGAUUUGAUAAUUGAACCAGCCAAGGAGCUUCUCACCAAAGAUAGACCAUCACUUUUUCCACCCAUGACCUUUGAUGAAUAUAGACUUUACAUUAGGAAAAAGGGUAUUUGUGGAACUUCAAAACAACAAUAACAAAUAUCCUAAAUCAAUUUAAUUGUUAUUAAUUGUUAGUCUUUAAUUUCCUUAAAUUAUUCAAGAGUUAUUAUGUUGAAAACCUUUUCUUUUCUUUUUAAUUUGUUAUUUUGUUUAUGUUUGUUUUUCUUUUUUCUUUCUUUUUUUUUUUCUUUGUUUCUAAAUUUGCCACUUUGCCAUUGUCAAUGUUAGAAUUAUCUAUUUCCCUUUGGUCUUGAUGUGAAAACCCUUCAAUAAAAAUUGUUAUUGUCUA